AAGAAAUUAGGGCUUUAAGGGUUCUAGGUUUCUGGUUUCUUUGCGGCGGCGCGUCAUGAAGGUAGUCGCGGCGUACCUCCUGGCGAUGCUCGCUGGAAACGGCGCGCCAUCGCCCGACGAUGUCAAGGGAAUCCUCGCCUCAGUGGGCGCGGAUGUGGAGGAGGAUAGGCUCGACCUGUUCUACAAGCUGGUGGAGGGCAAGGACGUGAACGAGCUGCUCCAGCUGGGGAGCCAGAAAUUUGCUUCCGGGGGUGGAGGCGGUGGCGGAGCAGUGAUGGCCGCCGGUGGGGGAGGUGGCGGUGCCGCAGCGACUGGUGGCGCUGCUCCAGCUGCCGAGGAAGAGAAGAAAGAAGAGAAGAAGGAAGAAAAGGAAGAAUCGGACGAUGACAUGGGAUUCAGCUUGUUCGACUGAGAAAGCCUUUUUUGUAUACUUCCUAGAUGGAAAAUUCGAAGCUCUUAAGUUUUACUACUUC